GUAUUGUGGUACUGCCUCCACGAUGGCCUCGUCCGAGACUGAUAGCAGCAUAGGCGCCUCCGACGGAGGCGUCGUGCUGACUGCAACGGCCCUGCGCCACUUGGAGGUCGAAAAGGCCCACCUUCGUUUCAAGCUGGCCGACGCCGAGAAACAAAGCGAGCUGCGGCAUGGCCAAGUCGCGGCGUACGAAUCCAAGAUCCAAGACUUGCUACUGCUUGUCGAAAUGAACAAAAAGGUGGCAGCGGAAGCGUUGAGGUGUAGUACUACAACGGCCCAGAGGUUGGAUGAAGCGAACGAGCAAUUGGAACGGUGGCAACAUCGUGGCAUUGCGUCACUCGCUCGACGCCGACGGCACCGGCACCUCUCACAAAUCUUGGCAACUUUGAAAAGCCACGCUGUUCGUGUGCGCACAUGGUGUCUUCUGCUGAUUCGCCGGCGACAGUUGACCCUCCGCCUUGCCUUUGUGCGAUGGACUACGUCGUCCCUAGUCGUUACGUCAUCUUCAGCCGCACAACAAACCCAGUCGCUGUCGCAGCCGACGGUACCGCUGCAGCCUCCACCACUGGUCGUGCAUUCUCUAGACGCACUGCGACAUCGCCUGGAGAAACAGAUGCUUGCUCUUGCAAAGCCGCAUGCCACAAGCCUUCGGCGAAAUAUUUUCUCGUCGUGGAAGGGGACGCUCUCGACGUCGCACGACCAGAAACACACGGCUCAAGUGUGGUACACGCGGAACCUCCGCUAUCUCCUGCGACGUGUGUGGACAACAUGGUCAAAUCACAUUGCAACACGCGCAUCAUCGCGACGGUCGACUCGAUGGCGGCUGCUGCGAUCGCAAUGGCAACGAUGGGUCAAAUACAAAUGGGUCCAAGUUCGUCGGAGAUAUCUCCUGGGAAAGGUCAUGGACGCCAAGCGCCGCCGCCGACUUGCGCAAGGCCUUGUUGUGUGGCAGUUGCACUCGAAAAACUACCAGAUUCACACGUGGCUGGCAUGUUUGGAAGAUGCCAAGACUGCAUUAGCCGAAGAAAGGUCAACAUGCGCAAAGCAAAAAGCUGACGUUGACGCCUACUUGGAGCUCCAGACGUCGGCUGAGCAAGAGCGACAUCGAGCCAUUGGAAACCACAUCGACCUGUGCCUUCGUUUCAUGCGAUGGGGUGGGUACGUUCGGUUGCAGCACCGAGUCAACCUGUUGGCCACCCAGCACGCGAGCAAACGAACGGCUCAGGUCGUCCGCAAGCUGUUCUUUCGAUGGAGAAGCCUUCGUCACACGCGUCAAAUGGCCCGGCAAUGCAUUCGUCAUCUGCGAGGGCAGCAUACUCGCCGAUUCGCCCACCAAGUUUUGUUUCAGUGGUGGCGCCUCUGCCGCCGGACAAAACUGUUGCAAAGGUCGAUCACCAAGCGACUACGUGCGUUACUAGCCACAGGAAUGUCCAUGCUCGUCGCUGCAAGCGUUCGUCGACACAAAGAACAGGAGCUGCACCUCCAGUUGAAGUACUCCCACAUCCACAGCGACUUGGACUUGAAGCUUGAGCAGAGCCGGCGGCAUUGCCAAGCAUCCCACGCUGCCCACUACAUGGCGUACAUUCGCCGGCGCCACUAUCUCCGCCGGGUCGUCACUCAAUGGGGUCGCUGUCUACCGCGACGACGCCUGCUCAAGCGGCUCUUAGCUCGAGUUGUUGAGCGGUGGCAGCGGCGAAAGCAUCGUGCGUGGACGAAGUGGACAGCACAUAGUAUUCAGGGAAAAUGGGAGUUGAUCUGGAGUCGGGCUUGCACUCAUCGGCUCCACGAAGCGGCUCUGUCUCGCCCGUUUGCCGCGUGGAGAAGGGUUACGUCAAACUCGGCUCGUCUCAAAAAACGUCGCUUUUACAUGCAAAGUGCCUUUGCUCUCUGGUGUGUAUCUGUCGGCCGGCGACGAACGCAAGUCCAAGCGGCGAACGACAUCUUUCAUGUGCUUCGACGGGGUCAAUGCAGGUAUCGCUUUGCCGUGUGGCGUCGGAAGAUUGCCCUGCAGAGCCGAGUCGCACUGUAUCGUAGCAACCGGCACCACCAAUUGCUUUGUCGAAUGUUUCGGGCUUGGCGCAAGUUUGCAUGGGGACAGUGCCAUGUUGCCGUGGCGGCAUCCAACGCGGGACAAGCACGGAAUAUUGCCAGCCAUGCCAAGCAUCUCCUGCGGUGGGCAUUUCGAGCAUGGCACUUGUGGCUCCACCACAUUCAAACUCGACGCGCACACGCUGAGCGAAGCCUUCGCCGUGGUCUGCUCGGAUGGCAGUGGUCGCACGUUCAAGCGUUUGGAGUGUGGAAACAUAAAGUGUGCCACCGAAAACAAGCCCAAAGUGCUUUGGCUCGAAUCCUCAAACGACAUAAGCUGGGUCACAAAGGGCUCGUAGUCGCCUGGACGCGAUGGACGUGGUCCAGCCGGGUGUUGAGUGUGACGCACCAGUUCCAACAACGCCUGCGCCAUGCCCAUCGUGACGCGAAAUUGGCGCAAGUCAGCCGACGCACAAAUACACUUGUUUCGACGACCUGGAUGAGGUGGCGCUACCAAGUCGCGGCUACUCGCAAAAUCGUUCACGGGAGUGACGCGAUGAUGCAUCGGCGGCAGCGACAACAUGUCACGUGGCUUUUUCGAACAUGGACGGCGUACCAUCUUCGCCGACACGAGCAGAUCGCGUCGUUGCGGCAGUUGGGUCGACGGCGCUGUGGGAGAUCGCUAGCAUCGGCCCUGUUGAGAUGGCGAGGGCACUCCCAUGCACAGCUGGGGCUCCAGUACGACGAAGCCGCCAACGCAGCAAGCAAACAAGUCGCUGCCAUCAUGCUUCAUCAGCAACGAGCUGCGUGGCAACGCCAAUUGGUCCAAGCAUGGAACCGAUAUACUCGGAAUUCGAUCCACAUCCGUCAGUCGUUGUACCGACGCCUUGGUUAUAUUGCGGAAUGUCAAUUGCGAUGGGGUUGGAAACAGUGGCUGGCAAUGCAAUCGCCUGUUCGAAAUGCCAGGGGUUUGAGGCUGCUGCAACUCCACUGGGAUCGGCGACGGCUCCAUCAAAGUUUCCGUGAGUGGCAUCACCUGUCGCUAGAGGCGUGGAGACGUCACGAUGUUCUGCACCGCCUUUUGACGAAAACUCAAGCCAAGUUAACUCGUCGCGGGUUUAUACGUUGGCUGUUGGCCGCCACCGCGGCGAGACAAUGCGUUCAGAGAGCUAAAUUUGCAAAGUACACUGGGAGGCAAUCGGAAGGACUGCGGCAGUGCUUGCAACUGCAGUGGUACUGGCAUCGGUGGUAUCGGUAUCACCUCGUUCGCCAGGACCAAAGGAGGCAGUGGUCCCAUCGCCAAGGCAUGGCCAGGUCGUAUUUGUUGAGGCGAUGCAUGUCGACUUGGACGAUAUUCCGCAUCGCUAGAAACGGCCGCCAUGGCGUCCUUCGAGCGCUGUGGAAAACGAUGCGUCGGCACUACUUGGCAUUGGCACUGUCGUCAUGGCGACGCAAGGCCCAACGCCUCUCGUUGCACGAAUCGACGACGAAGUCUGAAUGCAAAUUCAAGCGAGCAACCCGUACAGUUGCGCACUUGAUCGACCUCCAAGCCAAGCAUGGUCUCCUCGGUCGGUGCAUGUUUGCGUGGCGGAGCGUGACUGUGCCCCGCCACACUCGAUUAGCCAUCGCUUGGUCCUCCUGGAUGGAUGUGAUGAAACGAGCGCGGUUCGCAAGACACGUUCGCGCCAUCCAUACUCUCGCCACACGGUUUCAUUGCUGGAACGCUACGGUGGCUAGACGCCGUCACCAACGCCGCGUGCUUCGCUCGUUUGCCUCGCGUCGAUAUCGACGAGACAUCCUUUGUGGCUUUUACACGUGGCAUCAUCUCGUGCGCCGUUCCAUGCACGACGAAUGCCUCCAGCGAGUCGUUAUCAUUGAAGACAUGGUUGCCUCGCAAACCUUGGUACUUGACACACUGCACUUUUUGAGACCUAUCGUCCAUCGGUGGAGACAGGCAGCAGUUGCGGCUCAAUCGAAUCGAAGCGCAUUGGCAAUGGCCCAGGAAGAGAUGGUCAAAUUGCUGUGGAGCCACUGGGCAACUUAUAGUCGCAGAAGACGUCGAGUCAUCCACAUGCAAACCUCAUUACGGACACGAUUUGUUCGUCAUGUGAUGGCAGCAUGGAGUCGAUGGCAGCGGCGAUGGACGGCAAAGCAGCGGAUGUUGCGGUCGUGCGUCGUCUUGUCAAUGCGCCGGCAGUUGUCGUCUUCCUGGACCAAAUGGCUCAGGCAGCAUCAACGACAGAUGGCCUUGACACUUCAUUUGAGCAUCGCCAACGAACGACAAGGACUGGAAACCAAAGCGGCUGGCGUUCAGCGAAGCGCCAGGCGGUAUGCGUCGCUUGCUAUCCUCCGAAGCGAGGUGACCAGUGUGGCUCUCGUUUGGUCGGCCUGGACUCGGCUGGUGCGCAUGCGCCGGUGGUGGUGGCGAAAACGACGAUCCCGCCAGUUGCGGCGUACGUGGCAUGCAUGGGAGGCAUCCAUGCGGGUAUGGAAGGGUUGCCGACUCAAGGAUGCAAUGGAUCGAUGGCACCUGCGAGCCGUCCGUUGUGUGCAAGUCCGGCUGACUAGAGACCGAUGUGUGACUCGCUGGUUGCACGAUCGACACGCGUGGCUUCAACGCUUCGUUUGGCAACACUGGAGAAGUUUUCUUCAUGGACAUAGUCAGUGGCGACAACGCCAAGUGUGCCUUGGUCACCACAAGGCGCAACGGGCGCUUCUCCGUCACUGCAUGGCUGCAUGGCGGAAAACUCUGGUCGUGGAGGCCGAUGACAAAGCUUCAACACGGGCGCUGCUGGGCCUCAUCCUGACCAGUUGGCAGCACGCCGCCAAGGGUCGCGCUUCACGACGGGCGAAAUCCCGAGCUCAGCACGACCAAAUGAUGCUCCUGUGUCGUUACCUCGAAAUGCACAUGUCCCAUCUGACUCCCCGUCUGCCCGCGAUCUUCUUCGCGUGGAAGCAAGUUGUCUUCGAUUCCAACUCGGAAUCCCGGCACGGCCACUUGCGGCACAAAUGGAUCACCAUCAGAAGCCUGCGCAACCUGGUUUGCCAGUGGUCUGAAUACACUCGAUAUCACCAUCGCCGUCGCGCAUCGGCUGUGGCUCACAUGACAGCGUCCAGAGACCGAACUCGUCGAAUGAAAGCUUGGCACGCAUGGCUCAUCGCAUCACGCGACAAGCCCAACGCUGUGUCCAGUCGCCAUCACCUCCGGCAUAUGUGGCGGUUGUGGGUUGAAUCGACAUUUCCCCGUGGCGCUCGAGCUUGUCGCGAUCGAGAGAGAUGGAGCGAUUUCGUUCGCCGCGUGCGGUCGAGUACUGCUAAAGCUGUUGUGUUUCACACAUGGAGGCAAUUUGUAGUUGCACCGGCUACGUUAGACGAAGUCCAUGACGUCAAAUCCUCGCCAGCCUAUGCUGGCUGCGGCACGUGGCAACCAAUCCUUCGACGAGCCGCCGACAUUGCCAUCUCAUGGCAACGACGACAAGUCGAACAUGCGUGGUGGCGGUGGUUUCUGCACGUCAACGGUCUUUCUUUUGACCUGGCGUUGACUUCAACCACGGCAUCGAGCACGGCAUCGGCGGUCGCACACUGGACUCUGGCGCAGUGGAACGCAAGUGUUUUGCACGCCCGGCGACAGCAGCGGUGGCUCAUGGCAUUCUUUACCAAGACAUGCCACGUACAGCAACUUCGCCGCCGGUUUGUGCGGUGGAAGGCUGCACUUGGUGCGGCAGCCCCCCACCUUCAACUGCGUGCUCGUGCAGUGAGCGACAUGCAGUUCAAACGGAGGGUGGCAAAACUGCGACGUUAUUUCGUCUUGAGGGGGUUUGACCGGUGGAAGGCCUGGUACAUCUUCGAAGCCCUAGCCGACGCCGAGCGAGAGCACGCUUUGCUCAUGGAUGCUUUACAAGACAUUGCGUCGUACCGGAUGUCACUCGACAUGUAGAAAGGGAUGCCCCAGAUGACGUGGCCAAUGCGUGUGUAUGGAGUUCGAUGUAAUCGCGAGACAACAUGAUGAAAAGUUUCAUGAGUGCUUGCCUUGUGGACACGACAACGAC